AUGGAUCAAACGAGCAUAACUGACGAUUUAACAAUAUCUCAUAUAAGCGUCAUUGCAACAACACCCCAGAUAAAAGUCAGCAAAGAUUCGAAUCCAACAAGAGGUCGACGGACUAUUACUGAAAGCGACUACAGCAUCGUUGAUCUGGAUGUAACAACACCUGAAUUAAAAAUUCUAGAAGAAGGCUUUGGUAUAUCUGCUUCCUUUAUGUCCAAGUCUUUGUCUUACUUUUGUAUAUAA